AUGGCGAUCGAACAUGACGUUUCGCGGCCUUCGCUAAGCUUCCGUGAAAACCAUGUGACGAAAGACGCCGUGGGUCAGCUGCUCACGGCGACACCUCGUUCAGCAGGCGAAUAUCAACAGCAAGAAAGGCAAAGGAAAUUUCAUCCCGAACUCGGUAAAAAAGCAUUCGUAAACGCAUAUCCAUCCCGGCGGAGCAUCGUAAGGCCUCUCAUGCUCCUUCGGAAUCCGGAACUCAAUACAACCCGAGAAGCCGACUCUCUUCGUCAGCGCUGUAAGAAUCUCAGGAGUCAUCCACGUCUGCCAUCCGUUAUACGCGGCAUUUGGAUUUAG